AUGAUGCUCAGGCAGCAGCACGUGAUCCAGGGCGCUCCUGUCGUCGUGCAGACGUGGAAGAUGCACAAGAUGGCCCGAGGGCAAGCAGGCCCCCAGCCCUGGGGCAUGGAGGAGUGGACUGGCAAGGGCAAGCCUGGCAAAGGCUGGGACCCUUACGGUGGCGGCAAGGGCGGCGCGGACAGCUGCGCCAAGGGCAAGGCCGGCAAGGACUGGGACCCAUACGGCAAAGGCAAAUCGGGCAAGGAUUGGGACCCUUACGAAUACGGCAAGGGCGGCGCCGACGGCUACGGAAAAGGCAAACCCAGUCAAGAAUGGGAUCCUUACGGCGCCAGCAAGGGUGGCGCCGACGGCUACGGAAAAGGCAAACCCAGUCAAGAGUGGGAUCCUUACGGCGCCAGCAAGGGUGGCGCCGACGGCUACGGAAAAGGCAAACCCAGCCAAGAGUGGGAUCCUUACGGCGCCAGCAAGGGCGGCGCGGACGCAGGCGCCAAGGGCAAGCCCAGCAUAGAUUGGGGCCCCUACGGCGGCAAGAGCAGCCCAGACGGCGGCGCCAAGGGCAAGCCCGACAGCUACGGCAAGGGCAAGCCAGACUGGGACCCCUACGGCUACGGCAAGGCUGGCCCAGACAGCUACGGCAAGGCUGGCCCAGACAGCUACGGCAAGGGCAAGGACCCCUACGGCGGAAGCAAAGGAUGGGGCUACGAGGCGACAGGCUGGGCUGGCAAGGGCUACGACGGUUACAGCGGCUACGACGGCUACGGAGACUACGGAGGCUACGGGCCCAGCGCCGGGGGCUACGGGUACGUGGACUACGGGCCCUGGGGCGGCUACAAGGGCGACCCAGGGAAGGGCGCCAGCUGGGGCGCCUGCGGCAAGGGCUGGCCGUCGAGCGCCUCUGGCUACAAGGGCGGCGCCUUUGGCGGCAAGGGCGGCAAGGAUGACGGCAAGAACAAGGACAUCACCACCCGCUACCUGCUCAGCGACCUGCCCGAGGGGGCAACCGAGGACGAGAUCCGCACAUACUUCGGCGUCUUCGCGCAGAUCGAGGAG